UGAUGAAUGAGGAAUUCUGAAUCAUUCCUUCAGCUUUUCAGUGCCGCUUGUCUUUUCCCUUUCUUGAUAUUCACCUUCUGACAUGGUAUCAAAGCAGGUCAAUUCCUAGAACCAACUGCUGCUCUUCCUGCUAAUGAAUCAGUAUAAAGAACUUGCUGAUCAGAUUUCAUUCUCUCUUUUACAGUAAGUUAUUCAUCUUCUCCUCUGGUUUAUUAGCAAAAUCAGCUUAAUAUUCAUUGACAAACACCCUUAUAACAGCCAUGGCUGAGUCUACUGAAGCUAGAUCAAGUACUAGUGUACAAAUCACAAACCUAUCACCCAUAUCAGACCCUCUCUCACCAUAUUAUUUACAUUACACAGAUCACCUUGGAUCUGUGAUCAUUAACCCAAAAGUAGCCACUAAUAACUACAUAUCUUGGAGUAGAUCCUUCCUAUUGGCAUUUUCUAUCAGGAACAAAACAGGAUUCAUUAAUGGAACCAUAGCAAAACCUGCAGUCACAGACCCACUUUAUUCAUCAUGGACUCGUUGUAACAACUUGAUAGUGGCAUGGUUACUUGAUUCCAUUUCACAACCAAUAGCCUCUACUGUCUUCUAAAUGGAUUCAGCCGCAGAAAUAUGGAAUACCCUCAAACAAAAUUUUGCUCAGCCAGACGAUACUAGGGUCUGCAACUUGCAGUAUACCUUAGGGAAUGUCAGUCAAGGAGCAAGAACAGUAGAUGUGUAUUUCAUUGAACUUAAGGGUAUUUGGGAGGAGUUAAGGAACUAUCGUCCAUUGCCUCAUUGUGAAUGUGGAAGCUACAAUCCUGGUUGUUUCAAGAAGUACACAGAUCAGUUUCAAAAGGACAUGGUUUUCAGAUUUCUCAACGGAUUGAAUAAGUCAUUUUCUGCUAUAAGGUCACAAGUUUUGUUAAUGGAUCUCAUUCCAGGCCUAGAUAAAGUAUAUAGCCUAAUCUUGAGGGAGGAAUCACAGAGAAAUAUCCUUGUUCAACCACAGCCUCUUUUAGAAUCCUCUGCCAUAUACACUGCAGCAGACAACAAGAAAAAGGCAAGAAAAGACAUAAUUUGUAACCACUGUGGUAAGAAAGGACACACUAAAGACGAAUGCUACAAGAUUAUUAGCUUUCUUGAUGAUUUUAAGUUCACAAAAGGAGGGAGGUCCAAUCCUAGAAGGGGUAAGAACCUUGUUAACAAUGUGUUUGCAGUCUCUGAUGCAUCAACAGAUAGUGAAUCUCAAGUUGAAACAGAGGAAGAGCAGGCAAGUGCAGGAUUUGUGUGCCAACUGUCUAUGAUCAAGCAACAGGUUAACAAGCUGAUGCAACUCUUAAGUGAGAAUGGUAUAAGCAGCAAUGAAGGUAAGGGCAUUUCAUCAAACACUCAGCAGGCAAACCAUUCACUUGUAAAUUCAGCCAUAGCAGGACAUCCCUUCAUGGACUGUGAUUGGGGUUACUAGAGCUUUCUCAGGGCUAUGCUUCAUGCAAGAUAAUUCAGAUGAAC